UGUAUUGAUUCUUAAUAGGACUAUUUUAAAAUGUUUAGCAAUAUUAAUUGAUCUUUAAUAGCGGAUACAUUAGAAUAUUUAAACUUAAAUAUCGUAGAGACAAUUCACACGGCUAUUAUACUAAUGUCUUGUACACCAAACUAUGAAGAAACAACUGAUAGUUGUCUUUAGUCCGUCUACAGUCUCAAAUCGUUGUACACGUAUAUUUUUCGCUUGUCCCGUCUUUAUAAAUUUUAGUGAGUUUAAAAGUAUUUUUUUAAGUGUUUAAAAAUUAUUUUAAUCAUGGCUGGUUCAAUUGGAGACAUGGCUGUAGUGUACAAGAAGAAGAAUUUCACAUAUGUACCUCCGACACCGCCUGCAGAACUGAUAGAUUCUACGUCAUAUACAUUGGACUUUGUCGCCCGUAAGUUUUUGAAUGUUGGAUUUGAUUCGGAAGACAAGUUCAAUAUUGUUAUUCAUAUAAUAACACCGUCACGCUAUGUAAGCAUCUACGAGGGUUUUUUAAGACGGAUAUUCUCGCUGAUGGGGAAUAUACUGUCAUUCAUAUUAGAUGUCCCACAAAAAUAUAGAAAACAGAUUUUUCUGGAGGAUGAAUUUAUCGCCGUAUCAAACAUGGUGUAUCGAGGGGAAAAUAUGCUUGUCAUAGAGUCUAAGAAAAAGGAAGGAUGUCGUGUAUGGCUCGAUCGAAAAAACUUGAUGAAAUUACAAUAUGUAGAGGAGAGUAUUUUUGAAACGAUCUCGCGAAAGUCAACCAUCAUACGUCCAGUUGUAUUAAAGCAAUUUGAAAUUAUUGGAAAUUAUAUAGACCGGGAAUUUAUCAAUGUGCUUUCGCCUCCGAAAACAAUCGAAGAAAUGAUAAUUUUUAUUAAAAAUCUUCGGGCUGAUCAAAUCAUAAAGAAUAUCGACUUAAAUUUUGUUAACCAGUUGAAAAUGUUUGCAGCACCAAAAUUAGCUGAGCAACGUUUAAGAUGGAGCCGAGAAAUGUCACCAGAGGUAAUUAAACCUUAAUAUUCUAUAGAAUAGUUAUUUUAUUUUUAUUAUUUUUAGUUAUUUGUUGAUCAAAUUUCGUCAUUGUCCCCUCCCAUUAUUCCGAAAAAAUAUUCAUCACCGUCUCCGCAAUAUAACGAUGACAACGAU